AUGUCUCCCGCCUGCCCCGAGCCGCCCACCAAGGAGCUGGUGUGCUACUACGAGGGCCGCACCCCCGUGACGCGCGUGGACGCCUGCCUGUGCACCAGCAUCGUGUUCACCGACGUCGCCACCAAGGCGGGCGACGGCUACGCCGUGGACAUCGGCGUCCGCAGCCAGCUGCGCGCGCUGAGGAAGCGCAACCCGUGGGUGCGCGCGGUGCUGCAGCUGCCGGUGGGGGCGGCGCAGCUCAAGAGCGAGGACCGCCGGCUGCGCGCGUCCCAGGCGGUCACCGCCGCGCUCAGGAAGGCCACCGUGGACGGCGUCGAGCUGGCCGUCGACUGGUCCCACCACGGCAGCGCCAACAAGACCCACCUCACCGCCUUCAUCAAGGCGGUGCGCUUCCAGCUGGACUCCGCCGACGCCGUGGAUCGCCGCCGCGCCAAGCGGGACUACGAGAUCUUUGAGAGGACCACCAAGUCCAUGACCACGACGGAGGCGUCGACGGCCGACACGGAUGCUGACACGGCCGCCGACACGGACGCCACCGAAUCCACCGAGCCGACGGUGUCCUUCCCCAAGGAGACCGACACUGCCGCCACAGACGACGAUGGCGAACGGGAGACGACUGUUACCACCGAGACCACUCUGCCCACGGCCACGACACCCAAGUCCACCAGGACCAGUCGGGCGGAAGGCAGCACCGCCAGCGACCUGGCGCGCCAGUACGCCGAGGUGGACGGCGACCUGGACGACGAGGACGACGAGCCCACCAGGAUCCUGCUGCUGCAGCUGCCCACCAAACCGGAGAUCAUCGCCAAGUACUACGACCUGCGCGCCCUCGCCAAGCAGGUGGACUGGUUUAUCCUGCCUUCCCACAACCUGACGGACGAGUCGGAGAGCGGCCUCACCUUCCACCACAGCCGUCUCAUGGGCCUGGACGACCUCCUCAACACGGACUCCAUGGUGGACCUGCUGACGGGCCUGGGCGCCCCCAAGCAGCAGAUCAUCGUGUCCCUGCCCGCCUUCGCCCUGCGCUUCACCCUCAAGGACGAGACUCGCGACACGCCCCCGCCGCCUCGCGCGAGGGGUUUCCCGCUGAGGGACGCCCGCCUGUGCGCGCUUAUGUCAGAGGGUGGCUGGUCCCUGGAACGAGACCAGGACCUGACCGCGCCCUACGUCUUCAAGAACAGCUCCUGGAUCGCCUUCGAGGACCACAUGUCCGUCAACAUCAAGGCCAAAUACGUCCUUCUGCGGGACCUCGCCGGUCUGGCCGUGCAGUCCGUGGACGAGGAGGACUGGCUGCAGACGUCUUGCAAGGCCCCCGUCCAGGACGAGGACGAGGACGACGACCAGGAUGCCGACGACAAGGCAGCCUCCGCGCGCUCCGACGAAGGUCAGGUGGCCGGUGCUGACGGCGACGACGGCAGCUACCGCGGCGACAGCCACGACGACGAGGACAAGAAGAACGACCAGAAGAACGCCAAAAAGGACAAGAAGAAGGUCGAGGCCAAGCCCAUGCCCAUGACGCUCCUGGAGACGGCCUUCAAGGGCCUCGCCGAGUCCGCCCGCCGCUCCAGGGCCGCGCUGCUCUCCUCCCUCGAGGAGGACAUCCACCAGCACGCCGUGCAGUACAGCGACUACACUGGCCCCGUGCAGCUGUCCCCGUACCAGAUCGUCCGCGUGGUGGACCGCGAGGGCGCCGUGCACGUGGUGCGUCGCAGCGCCGAGACCGAGUUCACCUGCACCCGCCAGGGCUACUUCCGCCACCCCCGCGGCUGCAACAGGUUCUACCGCUGCGUCAAGUUCAACCAGCUCUCCUCCGAGUUCACCGUGUUCGAGUUCGACUGCGCCCCCGGCACCGUGUUCGACGAGACGGUGGAGGUGUGCGUGUGGCCCGGGUCCCUUGCCAAGGGCUCCAGCUGCGAGGGUUCCAGUGAGAUCGCCCCCGUGCCGCGCGCCCAGUAUGGCUGCCCCAACGUCGAGGGCUACUACGCGGACCCCGAGAACUGCCGCUGGUUCUUCGCGUGCCUGGACCACAGCCGCGACGGCCAGGCGCUCACCGCCUACGAGUUCCGGUGCCCGUUCGGGCUGGUGUUCGACGAGCAGAACCAGGUCUGCGACUGGCCCUGGAAGGUCAGCGGCUGUGGCAACUCGGGCGCCUCCUCGCUGCGUUUCCAAGGCGUGCGCGUGGCGGGUGCCGGUGCCGGCGCUGAGGUCAACUACGAGGGCCUGAGCCUGCUGAGCGCGGGCUUCGACGGCAACGCGGCGUACGCCAACGGCGGCGUCGUCGGUAACAGCCUGUACUCCGGCGCGUCCGGCGCGUCCGGGGCCUCUGGCGUCGCCGGCGUCUACAACGUGGCGGACGCGUCCUUCCAGUCGGCGUCCUACGCCGGCCGCGCCGGUGCCUCCGGCGCGUCUGGCUACGCUUACAACGGUGCAGGGGCCUCCGCGUACCAGGCCGCUGGCGGCGCCGCGUCCCUCGCCGCCGAGGUCAACUCCAACCUGGCCUCGUCGGGCAGGUACGGCUCCAACAACGGCUACAUCGCGCUGCAGCAGGCGCAGGACGCUUCCCGCUACGAAGAUCGCGGCUACGGAGGCUUCGCGACGUUCCCCGCCGCGCAGGUGUCUGGCGGACGCACCCAGGGUUCCAGCGGCGUGGUGCUCGGCUCCAACCUGCACACCCUGCAGGGCAUCCAGGGCGUCCAGGGCGUCCAGGCCGGAUACGCUUACCAGGCUGGUGACGCCAGCUCAGGAAGCUACGGCUCCACCGUGAGUGCCGGGUCCUCGGCCUAUGACAGCCAGCGUGCGACGGGAUACUCUUCCGGCUCAAGCUCUGGCUCCAGCUCAGGCUACACCUCAGGCUACUCCGGCUCCAGCUUCGACUCAGGCUCCACUGCUGGCUACAACGCCGGAUCCUCUUCCUUCGGCGCCAAGCAGACGGUAGCCUCUGGCGGCUUCGACUACAACGCCGGAUCCUCUUCCUUCGGCGCCAAGCAGACGGUGGCCUCUGGCGGCUUCGACUACAACGCCGGAUCCUCUUCCUUCGGCGCCAAGCAGGCCGCCGUCUCGUCGGGCUCCUUGAACGGCUACUCGGGGUACUCCGGCUCGUCCGGCGCGGCCCAGCAGACCACGGCGGGCUACUCGUUCGGCUCGUCCGCGGGCACCUCGGCCGGAGCGUCGCAGAGCUAUGACUUGGGCUCCGGCAGCUACAGCACUUCCGGCAUCGACCUGACCGGCUCCACGGUGUCCACCCUGGCCGUGGACUCCGGCGCGGCGCUGCAGUCCGUCCAGGGCGUGCAAAUCGACUCGGACGGCUCGUCCGGCUACUCCAGCGCGGGCGGCUCCACCUCCGGCUUCACCACCGUGUCCUCAGUCGCGCCCACCGCCACGUACUCCGUGACGCCCGCCCCCAUCAUCGUGUCCUCGACGCCCGCCCCAGCUGUGGCCUCCGGCCAGAGCUACCAGACGUUGACGCAGACCGUGUCGGCAGCGCCCGGUGUCGUGGGAUACCAGUCCGUGGCCCCCGCCGCCGCCGCCGUCCAGUACAAGCAGUUCGAGCUGCAGCAGCCUCUGGUGGCCGUACCCACCGUCACGCCAGCGCCGCCAUCCCUGGUUAGCUACCAGUCUGUGUUCAACGUCAAGCAACAGCAGCAGCAGGCCGUGACGCCCGUGGCCGCAGCACCCGCCGCGCCAACCCUGUACACGUACAAGAAGUACGAGGUGAAGCAGCCCCUGGUGCACUUCCAGACCGUGACUCCCACGCCCGCCCCCGCCGUGUCGGUGCAGUCGUACACGCCGACGGCCUCCCCCGCCUUCGUGUCUGUCACGCCCGCCUACGAGGUUCGCCCCUCCGUGCAGCCCGUCACCGCCGCCCCUGCCGUCUCCUUCAUCCGCCAGCAGACGCCCGCCCCGGCGCCCGCGCUGUCUUACGUCUCGCCGACCCCCGCGCCCGCCAUCGUCGGCUACCAGCAGCACUCCGUCUCGCCCGCGGCCGUCGACCACAGCGUGCAGUACUCGUACAGCUCGCCGGCACCCUUCUCCCUCAAGGACGUCAAGUACCACCGCAUCGUGGACAUCAAGCAGGAGCCCAACGGCUACUACCAGGACUACAAGAGCUACAACCAGCAGCAGGGCCAGGUUCAGACCUACCAACAAGUGCAGCCCGUGGUGCCCGUCACCAAAGUGGAAUACCAGGCUCCCGCAGUGCAGUACCAGCAGUACCAGCAGGAAGUGAAGCAGGUUCAACCCGUGGUGCCCGUCACCAAGGUCGAGUACCAAGCCCCUGCCGUCCAGUACCAACAGUACCAGCAGGAAGUGAAGCAGGUUCAACCCGUAGUGCCUGUCACCAAGGUCGAGUACCAAGCGCCCGCCGUCCAGUACCAGCAGCAAUACAACUUCGUGUCGUCUACGCCCAAGUACGAGUCUGCUGUGCAAUAUCAGCAGGGUUACCAGCAGGAAGUGAAGCAGGUCCAACCGGUGGUGCCCGUCACCAAGGUCGAGUAUCAAGCCCCCGCCGCCCAGUACCAGCAGCAGUACGAGCAGGUGCAGCAGGUGCAGCAGGUGCACUCCGUCACCCCAGUGCCGCAGAUCGCGCAGUAUCGUCAGGAGGUAAAACAGGUGCAGCCUGUGGUCCCCGUCGUGCAGUACCAGCAGCAGGUCAAGCAGGUGGUGCAGCCGUCCGUCACCUACCAGGCGCCCGUCCUGCAGUACCAGCAGGAGGUGAAGACCGUGCAGCCCGUCACCAAGUUCGAAUACAAAACGCCGGCCCUGCAAUACCAGCAACUGCAGAACUACAAGCAGUACACGGAGGAAGUGAAACAGGUUCAGCCCGUUGUGCCCGUCGUCCAGUACCAGCAGGAGGUCAAGCCUGUGGUGCCCGUCACCAAGGUUCAAUACCAAGCUCCCGCCGUCCAGUACCAGCAGCAGUACAACUACGUUUCGUCUACGCCCAAGUACGAGUCUGCUGUGCAGUACCAGCAGGAGUAUCAACAGGUCAAGCAGGUCCAGCCUGUGGUGCCCGUCACCAAAGUCCAGUACCAAGCGCCCGCCGUCCAGUACCAGCAACAGUACAACUACGUUUCGUCUACGCCCAAGUAUGAGUCUGUGCAAUACCAGCAGGAGUAUCAACAGGUCAAGCAGGUUCAGCCUGUGGUGCCCGUCACCAAGGUGCAGUACCAAGCCCCCGCCGUCCAGUACCAGCAGUAUCAGCAGGAAGUUAAGCAAGUGCAGCCUGUCGUGCCCGUUGUCCAGUACCAGCAGGAGAUCAAGAAGGUCCAGCCUGUCGUGCCCGUCACCAAGGUCCAGUACCAAGCCCCCGCCGUGCAGUACCAGCAGUACCAGCAAGAAUAUCAGCAGGAGUACCAGCAGGAAGUUAAGCAGGUUCAGCCUGUGGUCCCCGUCACCAACGUCCAGUACCAGCAGACCUACGUUUCAUCGACGCCGAAGUACGAGUCUGCCGUGCAGUACCAGCAAGUCAAGCAGGUUCAGCCUGUGGUCCCCGUCACCAAGGUGCAGUACCAGGCCCCCGCCGCGCAGUACCAACAGUACCGCCAGGAGGUCAAGACUGUCCAGCCCGUGGUGCAGUACCAGCAGGUGCAGCCCAACGCCAAGCUGGAGUUCCAGUCCCAGCAGUACCAGCAGGACGUGCAGCAGGUGCAGCAGGUGCAGCAGGUGCACGUGGAGCAGCCGUCCGUGUCCGGCGUGGCCGUCAAGGCCCAGGAGGUGGUGUACUCGUACAGCACCCCGUCCAGCUUCCCCAUUCGCCAGCAGGCCGUCAAGGCCGUGCAGCUCAACGUGACCCCCAAGCUGUACCCGUUCGUGUCCACUACCGCGGCCACGCCGGCCGUGAGCAUCAGCAAGAUGCCGCUGCUGCACUCGUACACCUACGUCGACGAUAAGGAGCCCGUGACGCCGGUGCCCUGCACGACGUGCAGCCAGAGCACGGCGGGCAUCAGGGUGUCGUCCACGCCCGCGCCCUUCCAGUUCAACUACGUGUCGUCCACCCCGAAGUACCAGGCUGCCGUCGUGUCGUCCACGCCCGCCCCUGCCCCCAUCCAAUACCAGCAGUACAACUACGUGUCGUCCACGCCCAAGUACGAGGCAACCGUCUCGUCCACGCCAGCGCCCUUCCAAUACAACUACGUGUCGUCCACCCCCAAGUACGAGGCUGCCGUCUCGUCGACGCCGUCCCCCCUCCCCUGCGCCACCUGCAGCCAGAGCAGCGCAGGACUCCGCGUCUCGUCAACGCCCGCGCCGUUCCAGUUCAACUACGUGUCCUCCACGCCCAAGUACCAGGGAGCCGUCGUCAGCCAGGUGUCCGAGCAACAGACCAACCAGUACAGUGGACAGUUCGAGGUCCAGCACCAGCAGCAGCAGCAGACCGUGGACGAGGAGCCCCCAGUGGCGCUCUUCGUUCAGACCGCCGCGCCGCCCGCCCGCUACAACCAAGUGUCGUACUCGUCCACGCCCGCCCCCGCCCGCUACACCGAGCAGCAGGUCGUGUACUCGUCCACCCCCGCCCCCACCCCCGCGCAGUACACUGUCGUGGAGAACUACUCGAGCGCCCGCCCCGAGGUGUACUCCCAGCAGUACUACUCCACGCCCGCACCCGUGUCCGUCUCCAAGACGAUCGUCAGCGAGGUGUCCACUCCAGCCUACGUGGAGAACGUAGAGCAGCAGGAGUACCAGAGCGAGCAGAACGUCGAGUUUGGCGCCAAGAAGGGCAAGGUGGUGUCCGAGUACUCGUACGUGCAGGGCCAGCAGGAGCAGCAGGCCGUCGACGUGUACCCUGUCGCCCCCGAGAACCCCGCCACAGUGGAGGUACAGUACCAGUCCACGCCCGUGCCCGUGCGCCGACUCAGGCCGUCCACCACUGCCGCCGCCUACAUCGAGGAGCAGCAGCAGCAGGUGGUGUCUGAAGGCUACGCCGGCGACGUGGUGGUGAGCACCACGGCGGCACCCGCGCGCGGCGGACUCCGCAUCGGCUACGAGGAGGGAGAACUGCAGCAGCAGAUCGACGCCGAGGAGGGCUACGGCGUCAAGACCGAAGACGCGUACUCCGGCCUGGCCAAGGUGGUGGAGUCCAGCACGCUGGCCGCCAUCGGCGCCGCAGGCGGUCGCGUCCGCCCUGGUCGCGUCCGUGUUCAGAGCGGAGACGAGGGCUACUACAGCAGCUCAACCACGGAGGGUUACAGCUCGAGCACGCUCCGCGCCAAGGGCAGGAAGCGCACCAAGAUCGUGGUGGUGACGAGGAUCAGUGACGUGAACCCGCUGCUCAUCGGCAAGCUGGGCGCGCAGUGCAGCUGCGCCGACAACGCCGUGUCUGCUCGUCGCCGACGCCCCGGCGUGAAGCGCGUCGUGUCGCGCGUGCGCGUCGUGCGACCCAAGGACGGCGACGUGGCUUCCGCCGGCGUGUCGUCGACGGAGGGCUACGUCUCCUCCACCGAGGGCUACGUGUCUUCCACCACGGAGGGCCGCGUGCUGUCCUCCACCAAGCAGGCCGAGAUCGAGGAGGACCUGGCGCUCAUCCGCGAUGCCGAGAAGUCAGACGCCGAGGACGACGAUGACGACGAGGCCAACGUCGCCGACUUCGGCGCCGUGGUCGUUUCCAGCACGGAGGGCUCCGUGUCCUCGUCCUCCGCGUACGAGCAAGACGACCUGGUGUCCAGCACGGUGGCGAGCCGCGGCAGGGGCCGAGGCAGAACCACGUAUAUCCGCGCCGGCAAGGCCAAGAGCACCAUCUACGUGUCCACCACCGCCGAGCCCGACGACGACGAGCAGGCUAGCCUGAGCUCGAGCACGUCCAGCAGCACCGUCUACGAGGUGACGACCGCCAGCAGCAGGAGGUCGGCAGGCCGCCGCACCACGGCGCGCUCCAUUCACAUCAACAGCAAGGACGACGAGGACGACCAGGACGCCGUGCUCAUCAAGCCGCGGCCCCGUUCCCGGCCUUCGCCCAGGACGCGCUCGCGCUCGCGCUCCGACAACGACCUCGCCCGCGCAGCGCCCGCCUCCGCCGCGCCGCCCUCCGACGAGGCGGACAACAGCCUGGAGCCGACGCCCGGCCCCGGCCACACCGUGGACCUGGGUGCCAACGGCGUGGUGGAGUGCCGACGCCCCGGCCUGUUCAGACACCCCGAGCUCUGCAACAAGUUCUACUCGUGCAACUGGGACAAGUGGAAGAAGAAGUACGCCGUCAACGUGUUCAACUGCCCGAUCCACCUGGCCUACGACACCACCAUCGGCGCCUGCAACUGGCCCUCCAAGGGACCGGCGUGCGUCAACGGCAAGCUGCUCGUGUGAGCGAAGAGCGAAACUACCGAGCAUGAGCGUGGUGUUCCAAAGUUACCACGUCGUGCGCCCCCUGCACGUUCAACUUUAGCGUGCCAGCGCGCACGUCGCGAGGGACUGUGGUCGCUUCGAAGAGCAUGACAUUCGGAACGGUCUUGUCCACAAGUGCUCAACCCCAGGCGACUUAGCGUGAGCAGUCCCGGUGUCUAAGUGCUCAGUGUCCAUUUUCCCUCAUACUCAAAUUUACACAAAGGCAGUCUAAACUCACACUUAGAAAAUGGCGCUCGAUUCGAUUUAAAUUAGCUUCAAUUCCAUGACAUAAUAUUAAGAAUGUGCCAUAACUGAUGUGUUCCAAUUUAUUGGUCGAAAACAUAUCGUGCUUCUGAUCCCUGGAGAGGGACCUCAAGCACAAUCAACAGUGAUAAACAAGUGUCUGAGUGAGGAAAGAACUUUUUACAAGAACUGAUGAACUAAAGUAUCUGACAGAAGUAUCGGUCAAGACUGAUCAAUUUCUUGUGACCGUCUAGUGCCAUUCAGAAUCAGAUCUGCGUAGUCACUAGAUGUUCAUGACAAAACCUGUCUGUCAUCCCAGACAAAGAAACAUAAUUUUGAAGGUACCUGGUCUAGUUAGUUCCAGCCAAGUGAUACCAUCUUCUUAAUUAAGUUUAUUCUUUGAAUAAGUCCUUCUCUUAGUUUUCUAAGGGAAAUACAAUUUAUUUUUUCGAUAGCCCAGGGAACAGUUACAGCUGUUCAACUCUACCAAUAUUUUCUAUACAUACUUCAUGUCAGUGGAAAUUUCAUGUUAACAAACUACUUUUUGUUGACGGGUCUCUUGUAAAUACUUAUUUAUGGCAAAAAUAAAUUAAAAUAGUCAA